GUAUUCAUUCCUCCCUCGCAUGCACACUCAUUUGUGCCCUUACCUAUUCAAUGUACUUAAAUCACUCGUCUGAUUCUCGUUCGGACUCAGUCACACAGACAUUGCGGCCAUGUUUGCCAUGCUGCCUUUCUACAGUACAUGCGAUGAGUGCUCGCUCAAGACGUCAAGACAGAAGUUCAUUAGUUUGACCUUCAAGUCCUUGCCGUUUCUCCUUACAUUCUUAGUUGUCGCAAUCGUCGUGUACACCAGAUUAUUUCCUCUUCUUGCAGGAAGAGACGAGCCGGUCAAAGAACGCCGUGACAGCCUGCCCACUCAUUCGAAAAGCUUCGGCGAGAAAUCCAGCCACUGGACGUCCCGCUUCUCCACAUCCGCCAAACGUAUAGCUGGAGUCACUUUCGCAACAAAUAUAGCAUUAUCUGCAGUCUUAAUCGAACUCUUACUCUGCGAAAUAUCUGAUGCCCUGAAUCCAGCGGCACGCAGCCUUGCUCUGCGGGUUACAGUCCCCCUUCUACUAUAUCUCCUCAUCCUAGUGACCCCGGCACUCGAAUUCCAUUCCAUCAUAAGCGCAGCGGGGUAUGGCUUCGUCAAUGCAAAGAAAGGCAAUAGAAGGGUAGCAUGGCUUCUUCAGCUUCUGGCCUUGACGGCAUGGCUCGUAGGGUUUUGGUAUCUGGGCAGAGGACUUCUUGGCUCAUACUUGCAUGAGAAGUCAUAUGUUCGCCAGCACAGCUUUAGCGAAGGAUGUCUUGAAAGAAUCGGCGUGAUAGGGAUAGCCCUUAUGGCUUCCUUGGCUGGCUUUGCAGCUGUUUCAUCGAUAUGGCAGUCAUUUGGAAUCAAGUCGAGGAUUGUCACCGAGGCUGAUAUUGCACGGAAGCAAGCUGGACUUGAAGCGACGACGGAAAUGCUAGAUACGAAACAAAGCAGACUGCGCGCCCUGCAAAGAAAGGUAACCGAAGUCCCAAACACUGGAAUUAUGAAUCGCGUCUUUACCACCAUAAGCGGGAAUCCAGAAGGUCAAGAGCGUAGCGCUUUGCAUAUGGAAGUCUCUGGAUUGGAGACGAUGCAAAGGUCUUUAAAACAUUCGCUUGCGACCCUCAAAAAUCGCAGACAAGAACAGCAACGGGCCAAGACUGCACUGGGCCGCUUUCUAAAUCUCGUUCAAUACAUCUUCGCACUCUACUGUAUGUAUAGACUAGGCGCAACAACACUCGCGACCGUGCGAAGAUUCCGGUCCCCAGACACAACAUUCUCAAACUCCGACCCGGUCAACAACAUCCUGGCUCUCCUCGCAAAGCACUGGGACCCGAAGCUAGAUAGAGCAGCCUGGAGCCGUCAGAUAUCUUUUCUGCUCUCCGGAGUCAUGCUACUUGCGAGCUUUAACGCGGUCCUUCAGACAUUCCUGCUCUUCGCUAGAUUUUUGCCGGGCGUAUUGCAGCAUGCACAGGCGAAUCUUGCACUUAUCGUUUCGCAGGUUGCUGCGACCUAUGUGAUCAGCUCGACUCUUCUUCUUCGCAGUAAUCUACCAAGGGAGAUGAGCACUGUGAUAUCUGAUGCACUAGGGGCACCCCUAGAGCCGAAGUUCGUUGAGCGGUGGUUCGAAGGCUGGUUCCUGACCAUCGCGGCCGCGACGGCACUUGGAAUCUGGAUCAGUAGAAAGAUGAGGAGCGUUGAGUGGGACGAUGACUAUGGUGGCACGGAUGUGGAGAUGGGAAAGAUGAAUUAGUCUAUGAGGGCUGGAUUGCUGGCGUUUGAGGUUUAAGCUAAAAGAGAAUUUACACAGAACCCUGCAGAAGGUGUGAUCAUCCGAAUAUUAUUCAAAAUGCAGUUGCGUUAUGACUCCCCG